AUGGCAGCCACACUGCACCGCGUGCCGCGCUACGACCCUCUCACGGCCAACGCCGGUGACGACUUUUCUAAGCGGCUGGGAGACGGCACGGUGGCGGACGGCGCGAGCCUGAGACGCGUGGCCGUGGUGGAGGACUUCUACGACAUCAUCUACUCCAUCCACGUGGAGACGGCCGGGGGCAACGAGCGAGCGGUCAAGCACGCCGGGCAGAAGCGCACCUACAAGGCGAUCUCGGAGACGUACGCGUUCCUCCCACGGGAAGCCGUCACCAAGUUCCUGAUGAGCUGCACCGAGUGCCAGAAGCGAAUGCAUCUCAGUCCCCGCGCUGCCGAGCACAAGGAAAACGAGCACCCGCCCGCCCUUCUCUCGAACGACAUCGAUUACAACCUGCCGCUCACGACCACCUACAUGAAGCACAUGCGCCUGCACCUGCUGGACGCCAACAGACAGGAUGAGGAGUCGGAGUCGGUGGGCAGCGUGGAGGAGCAGCGCGACAUGAGCGCCUCCGCUCCCCCCGCGUCUGAGACGGAGCGCCGCGAUGGCGGUGGCAGCAGCAGCAGCAGCAGCCCCCGGGGCAGUCAGGGCGGCGAUGAAGAUCACUCGCUCUCGUCGGACCUCUCCGGGGAGGCGUGCGGGCCCGACGCUCCGCAACCGGCCGCUGCCACCGCCGCCGCCAACGGGCGGCCCUACGAGGCCGGCCCCGACUUGGAGCCGGCCCCCCGCGAGGCCGAGGGGACCCUCGCCGCCCUCCCCGAGCCCGGUCUCGACCUCCCGCUCAACCUGAGCGAGCAGCGCAGGGCUCGCUGCGGCGCCGCUCGCCUUCCCCUCCCUCUCGGCCUCCCUCUUCCGCCGCCGCCGCCGCCGCCGCUGCCGCCGCUGUCCCAGCUGAUCGCCAGGGCGAAGGCCGAGGAGGCUGAGCUGGAGAUGGACACGGACGCCGCUUCUGAGACGGAAGCCGCAUCGGAGCCGGCGCGGGUCCGGGCCAGGCACGGGGCGACGGUGAAGGCGGAGAGGGACAAGGAGCACGAUGUGAGCAGGUCCCCGCACAGGGGCGUAGUGGCGGCCGCGGCUGCUGUGGCGGUGGUGGCGGCCGGAUACGAGCUGCGUCGCCGGGAGGCGGUGGCCGCGGUGGCCGCGGUGGCGGACGACGCGUCGCCCGUGCGCGGCGGGGACGAUGACGACGACGAGCACGACGAGGACGCGGAGAGGAUGGGCGACGUCGAGGGCGCCGACCCCGAGAGGCUCAAGGCCUUCAACAUGUUCGUCCGUCUCUUUGUGGACGAGAACCUGGACCGCAUGGUGCCCAUCUCCAAGCAGCCCAAGGAGAAGGUGCAGGCCAUCCUCGAGUCGUGCCACCGCCAGUUCCCCGAGUUUCAGGAGCGAGCCCGCAAGCGCAUCCGCACCUACCUCAAGUCGUGCCGCCGUCUACGCAAGAACGGCCUCGAGCUGCAGCAGUCAAGGACGACGCCCCCGCACCUCACGUCGGCCGUCGCCGAAAACAUCCUGGCCAUGGCGUGCGAGAGCGAGAGCAGGAAUGCCGCCAAGCGCAUCCGCCUCGACCUGCAGGCGGACGAGCCCAUGCCUCUGGAAAGGCCGGCGCAUUUGCCCCACGACCUCGUGCGAACAUCGCACCAGCACCAGCACCUGCAGCAGCAGCAGCCGCCCCCUUCAUUCCCGCCGCCCCCACCGCCUGCCCCGAUGCCGCUGGCUUUUGCGGGGGACGCGCCGCCGUACGUCAACGGGAGCAUGCGCUACGCUCACCACGGCUUCGGCGGGCUGGGCGGGGGGAUCCAGCACCCGGCGCUGUCCGCUCACCACAACCCCCCGGCACCGCCCCCGCCGCCUGCCCUGCACCUCGCCAACAUCAGCAACGGCCCCACCGACCUCAGCAUGAAGAAACCCCCCAGCACCCGCAGCAACAGCAGCGGUAGCAACAGCAGCUCGGGUAGCAGCAGCCCCAGCCCCCAGGGCCAGGUGCAGGCCGGAGGCGCGGGGCCCACGUGCUGCAAGGCGAGCGGCGGGGGAGCCGGAGGCGGGGCCGGCGGGUGCCCGGCGCAGCUCAGCCCCACGGAGGUGGGCGCCGUGCGUCAGCUCAUCUCGGGGUACCGCGAGUCCGCCGCCUUCCUGCUCCGGUCGGCCGACGAGCUCGAGAAUCUCAUCCUGCAACACAACUGAGCGAGCUGAGCGAGCGGUGCGACGGCCCCGUCUGGGGUGCGCCGCGGGGCGAGUCAUUCCCGUGUCCGCCCAUCCUGGCGGGCGUAGCUCCGGAGUGCACAGGCGGUGCAACUGCGACGUCGAUCAACUGGGCCAGACCGGGCCCCCCCCCCCCACCCCCCAAGCGCCAAGUUACGUAGAGGAGGGAAUUUGGACAGGGGGCGGUCAUUUCAAUCUUCGCACGGGGGCCUGUGCCAACAACGCUAAGGCAAUGAGCUACUGCAUGGCAAUUAGUCACACUGGCGACACGUCAUCAUGUUAAUGAUGAUCAUUAUCAUCGUUAUGAACAUCAUCAUCAUCAUCACCACGUGGAUUUGUCCCUUGAUUAUGUCCAUCUGCUCAUCUGAUGUGCCCACGCGCCUGUUGAAUGUUCACCUCACCAACAGGAAACCAAUGUUCAUCAACAAUUGAUUCACGUGACAAUCCAUCUAUCAGAUGUUACAACUAAUGAUGCAUCCUCCUAAUCAAUCUUAUAAUUCCGUAAUCAAUUCAUCCAACCACCUGACUACAAAUCCAUUUGACAUUCAUCCAUCAAUCCAUAAAUCAACUUCACAACGCCUGUGCCAUUUGCCUGUCAAAAUUCCCAUGCAACUCAUCAGCCCGAGUCAAAAUGGAUUUGUUAGAACUGAAUUCUGAGUGUAUGGUUUACAGCUGCAUAGAAGAAAACAUCUUAAAACAAAAUGGCCCAAUGACUUGAACAUUUUUAUUUUGUCGUAAUGUUCAAAGUGAUUAAUGUAAUCAAUGCAAAAAAAGAAAACAUUCUUUAUGGAUUACCAGUUUGGUAAAUGGGUCCUAUUUAUACCUUCCAUUCAAAGAAAGCCAGCCAUCCAUCCAAGCCAACCAGCUGUGGAAAACAAACCAAGAUGGCAUUUGAAAGCGUGCGUAAUUAAGAAUGCUCUACAAAAAUUGAGAACUGCUUGGAAAGCGUCGGAAAUACUGCCAACAAACCUGGAAUCUUCGCACGAAGCCCUUGGCCUGCUAUUUUAACACAGCAUCACGGUCAUGCCUGCCACUCGCACAAGUCACGGCGUACGUGCAGCAUUUUCCACCCCCCCCCUCCCGCCGCAGCGACUCGUUACAACUGUAGAUCUUCUUAGACAAUCACAACCACGCUAAAUUGGGACAUUCGCCAAGACGGGGGGAGGGGGGGGGCAACGCGCUGAUUACAAAAAAAAAUCAGCCACUGAAGAGAAAACCAACUUGCCUGAGAAAUACACAAUAGAAUCACAAUAUUUUCUUAAAAUUUGCUAAUUUUAAACGACAUUUUGUGAACGCUUCAUCGAAGAGUAAGGCAGCACUUCUUUAUGUGAACAGUGCUACGGACUGGAAGCAGAGGGGAUUACGGACUCAUCGCUUGGACCAAGCCCCGAGGAGGGUUGGACCGCACACCUGCAAGUGGGGGGAAAUGGGGGCAGGAUUGACUGCGUAUCAAACACACAACAGUCCUCUGUGCAAUAGGUUGGACAAUCAUUCCGUAAAAAGAAAAAAAUCACCAAAUUUAAAACUCGUCUUACAAAUUGCCCGCGUGCGAACCGCGAGGCAGCAGCGGCGGCGGCCCAGGCUUGUAACGCGCAAAGGUUUUUAUCCGAAUUACGUUUCUCCCCUUUGCCAGCAGAAAGGACCAAGGCUUUUACAGCAACAACAACAAAAACCAAGGGGCUCCCCAAACGUUCACGUGACUGCGAAUAUUUUCCAACAUCGCAACUGUCAUGCCGCUGUUCGCUCAAAGAUGUGUUGUAUGUCGGAGGGGUUAAAAGGGGGUAGCGUAAAAUGAAGAAAAAUAUUACCGCAGUGCACAAUCAAAACGAUUUCAUUGCAGGUCUACACGCGGAUUUUGUGCGGCUCUGUUUAAGCUGAAGGCAACCAAACUAGUGCAUGUGCAAUAUUACAGGUAGUUUUAACGUCAUGGGGACAUACAUCGGCAAGGCAGUGGAACCAAGAAAUAGGGCCAAGGUGCAAAUCCUCAUACAACAGGAGAAAGCUAAGCGAUGGCGAGGAGUUGAGGGAACAAGAUGGGAAUAACCAGGCACUGCAACGCUUGUAAUGAUGAACGGAGCUGGGCACAAGCCACUCAGAAAGCCCCCUCCCCCCCCCCCCCCCGAGUUCCGUAAUUGAGAGUUGUUCUACGCGCUACGGUGCGUGAAGCCAUCGCAACCCAAAUGUCCCCCUUGAGAAGUCGUUGCUGCUUUACAAUGUUAUAAGUUUACAAUUAUAGCGUGUACAGGUUUGAAGAAAGAGGGGAAGGAAAAAAAGCGUGGGCGACAAUAUUGGCCCUUGGUAUCUAUAAGUUUACUGAAAGAAAAUCGUUGGCUUUUGUAUGAUAUAAAAACACUUUAAAUAUACCCAUUGUAAAAUAAAACAAGAGGAAUGAAAGUUUUUGUACAAUGCGCAGGUUGCGAUGAAAUGGCUGUGAAGUUUAAUGAUUCCAAAACAGGGAUAUCGAGUGACGUACAUCCCAAAGGUUGAACAAAGCCUCCCAGGUCGAACACCAGAGUGUUGGACAGCAGUGUAACAGCAUGGUCAAUUUUGCAUACAAGACUCCCCGUUUUGUUUCAUUUUCAUGGUGAAUGUGGCACUAUUGCUUUUUAAUGCCCUUAAAUGUGUGAUUAUUUGUACAUGGACAGCCUUAUGUAUAUUUGAUAAAUAUAUAUUAAUAUCGAAGGGUUUUAUUUUAUUUAUUUCUACGAUUUUGGGAUGUGAAAAACUUGGCUUGUAAAACAAACGAUGGGUCACAUCAGCCAGCCCUGCCGGCCACAUUAAACUGCCACGUCACGCCCAAAAACGGCAUUUAAAAUACAUCCACACCAGUGCUACGUAACAAAACCCGACAAAUGAAAGCAAGUGGACCUAAUAUCUUCUUUGGUUCUUUCGGUAAAGUCACGUAGAAUGAGAAUAAAAUAAUAAAUUGAUAAAAUAAAAUAACACAAUAUUCUCACGACGUUUCGGCCACAACACAAGCGGCCUUGUGUUAUUUUAUUUUAUCAAUGUAUUAUUUUAUUCUCAUUCUACAUGACUUUACCGAAAGAACCAAAGAAGAUGAAUCCUUGCAGUCACGAAAGCUUUAAAUCGAAAUUGGACCUAAUAUCUCUUGCAUUACAGCUGGCAAUGUCUCGAGUAAUAUUGCCAGGUAGAAUGGAGGAGUGUUAUGGAGUUAAUGCCCAGACUUCCCCCCUCCCCCCAAGGGUUCCCAAGGCAUGACCAAAUAGAAGUAUCAACACAGAGUUCUGACAGGGAGUUACAAUGGGCCAUCAGUAACCUUUUACCCAGAGGACCAAUAUUUAACUUAGGAACACCAACUGUUCACGGAACUAAGCCUUCAUUGAAAGCACAAGAUUUUUGAAAGAAAGCUGUAUUUAACAGUGAGUGCGUAAAUAUGUACACGUCAAAAGUUGGACUCAUUACCAUGCCGGUUCUCAUAAGCUGUACAUGCAAAUACUGGGAAGAUUUUUAAACGUGCAGAAGAAUGAGUCUCUGCUCCAAACAACCAAAACCACAACUUUGGUCUGCCUACUGCGGCGAUAUUGGAACAAAAUACAAACUCUCAACAUCAUUGUAACGUUAGUGUGCACGGCGUGGCAUUCAGAUUGCAUUUCACUUCAUUACCAAUUUGCUACUAUUCUACAAACUGGCAGCCAAUUCAACAAUUUAAGUGCUAGAGAGUCCUUGAGUUAGUCAUAAAAAUAAUCCAAACUACAAUACUGUCUUUCGAUAGAAAACGAGCUGCGAUAAUGCAAGGUUUUAUUUGUAUCAACGUUACUCUUGUGCAAUGUGUUUAAGUAAAAAGCUGGUAACUGUCCAACUCUUUAGACUGCGAGUGACCCAAAGCAUGUGCCCCGUCAAGACGCUUAUUGUUUAUAUAUGGACUGUGUGUGCGUUUAAUUUGUUUUACAAGUGAAAAAAAGAAUAUUUCCAUUGCUAUACUACCGCAGAGCCCGACUGCUUUGCCGCUUUGCUAGAAUUUAUUUGCAUUCUAUUAAGUAUUUAAACGAAGGUUACAUGACUGUUUUGAAUCGCAUAAGUCGGCGGUGUGUAUGAUAAUGGUUGUUUGGAUUUUUUGUAUAUUUGCAAGCUGUGCUGGGAUGUAUUGCGCACACGCAAUCAUAGUUGUUCGCCUACAGAUACUAGUGCAUUUGAUAGAUGUUCAAUAUAAAUUUUUGUACAUUGUACCGCGGUUGCUUUUUCCUUGGUGUAAACCUAAAUGAAAUUUGAAUAAACAUCUUUUGUCCGGCAUAGCA